AUGGCGCCUGUCGCUCUUCCCCGCGUAGCGAUAUCAUACUGCACGCAAUGUCGAUGGAUGCUGCGCGCCGCUUACUUCGGCCAAGAACUGCUUUCAACAUUCGGAACGCAAAUUGGAGAGAUUGCGCUGAUACCUGCGACCGGGGGUCUGUUCACUGUCGAACUCACAUAUGCUCCUCAAGGAUCAGCAGCCGAGGGUGAGAAUGUAGAGAUCAAGAAGGUAUUGCUGUGGGAUAGGAAGGCUGAGGCCGGGUUUCCUGAGACGAAGGUACUGAAACAACGGGUGAGGGACCAUAUUGAUCCACAGCGGGACCUCGGGCAUUCUGACAAACACGGGAAAAAGAAGGCGGUGAAAGAGGUGGAAGAGGUGAAUGAGGUAAAAGAGGAGAAGGAGCAGUUGGCAAUUCAAGACAAGGACACAGAGCAGCAAGUUGCAGAUGAUGGAGUGGAGCUCAAGCGGAAUCCCGAUGGGACCGUUUGUGAAGAUUGCAGAUGA